CUUCGUUAGGGCGCAUUGUAAUAGCUUGAAGCUAUGUCGUCAGUGCGAACUAGCUGCUUUUCAUCUCCUCCCUCGCCUCAUAGCGGCAUUCGACACACACCGUGAACAACUUAAUCCUUUCUGGCUUCUUCUGCGGCUCUUGAUUCCUCCCUCGACAUGUUUCUCGCUUGAACAACGAUAUGAACCACCAUCAUCUCUCGAAACAGGACCAUCGCCACCGCCUUUUCAUCUAUUUCAUCAAGAACACCGGCCAACUCGACCUACGGACCGUCUGUAACUUGACAAUAACCAACAACAACACCAGCGACCACUCUUUUUUCUUUUUCUUUUCUUAUUGAUAGUCGCCAAAUAAAUGACGCAAACUUUAUCGUUUCUCCUCCUGGCCUGUGUGACACUUCUCUAUUUAGCGAUAGCCACACCACAAUUCACACAAGCAUCCGUCCUUCCAAGAACCGGAUACAGACGUCCUCACCAUGUCCUUUCUUAUUCGCAAGCAAACAAGGAACGGGACGAUAAUGGAGAACGAAAGCCGCUUAUUCAAGAUGUGGAAACAGUACCCAUAACUGCUAAUAUCCUGCGUGACAGUCCGAAGAGCCAUCAUCUCCCUUCAAGUAAAGAUCCUGUUCGAGUCGAAGAGCCUUUCAUGAACCAGCAGUCGUCUACAUUGGAGCGAGGUCACCCCAUGUCGAUAAAGAACCACCACAUGACGCGAUCCCCAUUCAUCAAGACCCUAGGCUUGCGACACAAAUCAACAAUGAGCUGGGACAUGAGAGCGAGGGCAGAGAACCAGGCGCAGUGGAGUACUUUCAGGCGCCAGUUCGAAACAGGACGACCGAGUGACCGCAUUGCCGACAACGAAGCAGGUGUCGCAGAGGGACAACAUUCAUUAACUGAAGCCUUGGCUACAGAUGGUUCAGUCGUAGUGGUUGCCAGUGGCGAUGGUGAUAGCGAAGUCACUCAAAAUGAGUUUGUAGAAGAAGCAGCGACUGAGGAAGAGCAGGAUGGUCCUGGAAAUUAUUAUUUCCGCCAAGUGCUGGAUCAUUUUUCAGGAUCGAACAACCUAGCUGUACCCAAGUCCUCGCCUUUGCAGUCUCUCCUAGGAUCCUCGAAUAACAACAACACGUUCCGACAAUAUUACUAUAUCAACAGCGAGUUUUAUAAACCAGGUGGUCCGAUCAUUCUGUGGAUACCAGGGGAGAGCCCGCUACAUACGCUCUUUCUCCGUCGUGGCCUCGCCUACGAACUUGCCAACGCAACUUCAGGUUUGCUCGUCGCAUUAGAGCAUCGGUUCUACGGCAGUUCUAUACCGAGGUUCCAGGACUCUUCCACUGCUGCCAAUAAUAUCAUAUCCGAUCAUAAAGUCCGACAGGAGACCGAAAAUAAUAUUGGAUCAAGAAGAAGCGUCUGGGGAUCAUCCUCAGUGGCACGAACCCAUCCAAGGACUACCUCUGCCCGAGCAUCCGAUACAGAGAUCAAAGGUGACGGCGACGGUUCCGACGGCAGCGCCGACAAUACUUCAAUGAGAAACAGCAGCAAAGGCCAUGGUAACAAGGGUAACCAAGAAGAAAUGGAGGGUUUACCGCUAGAUUUGCUAAAGUACUUGACCGUCGAUCAGACCAUCGAGGAUAUCGCGUCCUUUAUAGACCAUUUCUCAAUCCUACAACCAUCUUUCUAUCCCGCGGACGAAGAAGAUACCGCAGAAAUGCGCUGGAUCCUUGCAGGUUGCUCGUAUGGUGGAAGCCUCGCAGCCUGGGCCCGACGGAGAUACCCAUCAAAAGUCUUUGCAGCCUUUGCAUCCUCUGCACCCUCAAGCAUCUUUCACAUCCAGUCAAACAAUCAAGGAGGUUAAAAGGGAGGCAAGGGAGGCAGCCAAACUUGAAGUUCUGAACUGGUUUAGCCCAGACUUUGCACACGACUACGCUCAAGAGGGAGAGGAGGUUCAUGCGGCAGGAUGGAUCUGGUGGACGGUGGCCAGUGCGGUCCAGUAUAAUGGCAUC